CCGUUACGUUAUCACUGGAGACUUUUUUGGUUUCUAAUAAAACAAACUACGACGAAGACGAAGUCCCAUUACUGAUUACGGGAUACUCCCCCUGUCCUCACUCCCCAGUCCCAACUGUCACGAGGUCUUCACUCUCCCAAGUCUUGACUAACUCCACCGCCAUGUUUCUUCUGUCACACGAUCCUUUCGGAUAUAUUCUUUCCUUCCGAUGAUUACGUUCAUGUUUCAGACGACAACGACAAGCUUUCACCUCUUCUCUCUUCUUCUCCAUAUCUUUAUUUCGAUUCCUUUCUCCCACCUGAUGUUUCCGCCAUGAUCAGGUUAAUGAGGUACCUCGUGUGCUCAGCGCUUCGAUUUCGUGUAAAAGAUCGGGUUUUUCUUCCACUUCACUAUUUUAUUCAGAUCGAACUUUCUAUUUUUACUUAAUUUACGGAGGAAAACGCGGAAAUCGAGUAUUGUUCUUCUGUGCGGCGAACUGCGAAUGGAGAUCCUGCAGUCCUGCUUCUCUUUUUGUGUGGUAGAAAUCGGUUUCUUUUCCUACUUUUGGAGAUUUUUAAACUAGAAUCAUUUGAAAUGAAAUUGUUCUUCUAAGGCUGGAUGAGUUAGAUUAGGGCUUAUUGCGAUGGAUUUGAUCGUACGAGUUCAUUGAAUUGCUGAAAUUCUGAAGAUAUUGAAGGAGAUGGAAGUUUCUUCUGGAGAUCGUUUUGCAAUCGAGUUGGAUUGCCUGAACAAUGGAGGCUUUGAAGAGUCACAUCCGCAGAACCAUGAGGUGGAAUCAUCGGAUUCUGGUGUCCGUAGGAGCCUUGAUUCUCACCACCAGUUCCAUUCCAUGAAUGCACUGGAGAUCUUGAGAGAAACUGUUAGAAUCCUCCGGUACAAUUCUUCGGUUUUCAUGGGGAUUGCAGUGGUUCUUAUUUGCCCCGUUUCUGCUGUACUCCUCUCCAAUGUCCUUGUUGACCGGUCCAUCGUAAAGAGACUGACUAUUAGGCUUCUUGUUGUGGCACGGUCUACUGGACUGCCUUUGAAGCCUUUUAUCAAGCAGUCCUGCCAACGUUUAUCAGAGAUGGCACUUGCAAAUAUUUUCUGCUUUCCCAUGUACAUCACAUUUUCAUUAUUAUCCAAAGCUGCAGUAGUGCACUCGGUAGAUUGCACCUACUCUAGAAAGAAGUUUGAUGUGACAAAGUUCUUCACAAUCAUUCUUAAGAUCUGGAAACGUCUGGUGGCGACGUAUAUAUGGGCCUGUAUGGUCAUUGUUGGCUGCAUAGCACUGUUCCUUGUUCUGCUUGUUGCUGUGUGUAACAUUUUUUCUAUAGUAGGCUUCUCAUCUGAUCUGAUUGUCUAUCCUGCAAUGAUGAUUGGACUGGUAUUCUCCAUCGUUUUUGCCAAUGCUAUCAUAAUCUGUAACCUUGCUAUUGUCAUCUCUGUUUUGGAGGAUAUAUCUGGCCCAGAGGCUUUGCUUAGAUCUAGCAUUCUAAUACAGGGCCAGACUCAGGUUGGUCUUCUGAUAUUUCUUGGAUCAACAAUGGGGAUGACAUUUGUGGAGGGUUUGUUUGAGCAUAGAGUGAAGGCUCUGAGCUAUGGAGAUGGAUCCUCCAGGAUAUGGGAAGGACCUCUGCUGGUGAUUAUGCACUCGUUUGUGGUGCUUAUUGAUUCUAUGAUGAGUGCAGUUUUCUCUUUCACUUGUAGGUCAUCUAGCAUGGAGUCCUCAGAGGGAGAAAGCAAAGUCCUUGUAGAGCGGUAGAAGUCGCGGCAAUUACCUCCAAUCGAUAAUGGAUAUUCAAUGACAUACCGCACAGUGAUACUGUUUCAGCAUAAAUUUCUUGGUAUUUAGCAGAAAAAUAGGAUACGUUAUAGCCACAAAAUAGAAGAUUAUGAGUUUAUUAUUCUAUUUUUGGCGGGAGUAUGUAAUGCUUACCUCUUCAGUUUGCUACUAUCCAUGAGGGUGGAAGAAAGUACCUGAAAACACAAGUAGCUGUAACAGUGAUGUAUUGGUUGAACCCAUUUUGGAGAGAUUUUAGUAAAUGAUUUAUAUUAGAUUCAUUGUAUACCAUGUAUUUCCUGUUAUCUGUCAAAAUUAAUAUAAAUUUACUUCAGAUUGUUCAAGAA